AUGAUGAGGUCUCGUGUGGUGUCCUCUCUCUUUGUCGACAGAAUUCGUGCAAAACCUAAGCUGAAGCUAGUUGAGAUUAUACAUGAGUUCAAAAAUUAUUAUGGUAUAGACAUUUCAUACUACCACACAUGGUUUGGUAAAGAGCUAACUAAAUUGGACGUUCACGGUGAUGAGUCGAAGUCCUUCAAUGAGUUAGUGUGGUAUGUAAAUGCCGUAAAGGGAACUAACCCUGGUUCUCUCUGCGUUCUUGAAUGUGAAGCUGGAAUUAACCGCUUUAGACGAUUUUUUGUGUCGUUUGGCGGUUGCAUUGUUGGAUUUCAAUAUUGCAUGCCCUUGUUGUUUAUUGAUGCUACGUUUUGGAAGAGCAAGUACUAUGGGCAGCUUCUCUGUGCUUCCGGAAAUAAUGGGAAUCAAGCGUUUUAUCCUCUAGCUUUUGGAGUUGUUGAUUCUGAGACAGAGGAGAAUUGGACUUGGUCUCUUCAACAUUCGGCUGCUAUAUUGCUUCCGAUGGGGAGAGUGGUGACCUUUUUCUCGGAUUGCAAUCAAGAAUUUGAUAUCGAAGUCCCGAAGUCAGGUUAUGGGAAACUGCUCCAAGACUAUGUUAUCAAUUUAUUUAGUAUAUGCGCAUAUGCUGUAACGGAGGAAGAGUUUAAGGUAGCAAUGGACAAGUUGGUGAUUGUUGGGAGUUCGAAAGUGAAGGCAUUUAUAUCUGAUUUGUCUAGAGAUCACUAUGCCAACACAUUUUUCAAAGGAAUGCGUUAUGGGCAGAUGGCAAGCAAUUUAGCCGAGUAA